AUGUAUGGGGCUGGGCCCUCCCCACCGCGGGGCGCCCUGGCCAAUGGGCGGGCAGAUUGUCGCGCCUUCGGCCAAUGUCGCUGCGUUUCGGCAUCGAGUUCCGUUGCCAAGGGGAGCGGCGGGGCCGACUGGGUGGCCAUGGAGCGCUCCAGGGGCAGGGCUGUCCCCGCCAGCUGCAGCGCCUUUGAGGAUGAAUGCAUGAAACUGCGACAGCUGAAACUAGAGAAUCAGAGAGCUCUUCUAGAGAAGAAGCAGAGGAAGAAACGUCUUGAUCCCUUGAUGGUACAGCCAAAUACAGAGGCAAAGCUGCGUAGAUCAAAGCCCAAAGAGUGUGAGGAACAGACUCCUUUAGUAGAAACUCCUAUCCCUUUCCAAAGCAAUGUUGUUUUACAUGGCAUUGAUGGACCAGCUGCUUUCCUGAAAUCAGAAGUGCAAAAUUUGGGGACCAAGUUCCAAAGUCUAUCUGCUGAAUCUUCCAAAACAGAAGGCAGUGCAGAUGAGGAAAACGAUGAACAGACUCUAACAGACACAGCGGGAAAGCCUGAUCUCCAAGAAAUCUUACAUAAACAAGGAAUUUCAGGCAGUUUGAAUUUUGAUGAGGAGGACACAGAAGAAGAAGAAGCUAAUAGGAGACCAUCACCUCAUUCACCGUGUUCUGAUUCUGAGAGGCCUGGUUCUGAAACCAGCGAGAAAUCUUUUGCAGAAACAGGUGCUUCCUGCAGUCCAUCCCCUCAAGCAGAUGCACAGUUGGGAGAGGUGGAGAACUUGGAGGAUUUUGCAUUCCGCCCAGCACCCCGUGGUAUAACAGUCAAGUGUCGAAUCACUAGAGAUAAGAAGGGAAUGGAUCGGGGUCUCUUCCCUACUUAUUACAUGCAUCUGGAAAGGGAUGACAGCAGAAAGACAUUCCUUCUUGCAGGGAGAAAACGAAAAAAGAGCAAAACAUCCAAUUACCUCAUAUCAGUUGACCCAACAGAUUUAUCCCGGGAAGGGGAAAGUUUCAUUGGAAAACUCAGGUCAAACCUCAUGGGAACUAAAUUUACAGUCUAUGACCAUGGAGUUAGCCCAGUCAAGGCACAAGAUCUAGUGGAAAAGGCUCAUACCAGACAAGAACUUGCAGCUAUUUGUUAUGAAACCAAUGUGUUAGGAUUCAAGGGUCCCAGAAAAAUGUCUGUGAUCAUUCCAGGAAUGAACAUGAAUCAUAAGCGAAUUCCAAUCCGUCCACGAAAUGAACAUGAGAGUCUGCUGUCAAAAUGGCAAACGAAAAAUCUGGAAAACCUCAUUGAGUUGCACAACAAAGCUCCAGUCUGGAAUGAUGAUACUCAAUCCUAUGUUCUGAACUUCCAUGGAAGAGUCACUCAGGCCUCAGUGAAGAACUUCCAGAUAGUCCAUGAUAAUGACCCUGACUACAUUGUGAUGCAGUUUGGCCGUGUAGCAGAAGAUGUCUUCACUUUAGACUAUAAUUAUCCUCUCUGUGCUCUUCAGGCCUUUGCUAUUGGACUGUCCAGCUUUGAUAGUAAAUUGGCCUGUGAAUGAGAAACAACAGAUUUGAAACAUGGAACUCACUCCCAUUCCCUCAUCUUGUUAUAAGAGUUCCAGGUGGAGUAAUGAAAAGCACAUUCGGGAUGGAAGGGGACUGGACUCCAGAUUUCUGCAGAUUGAAAAGCCAGAGGCAGGCUUCAGAA